AUGAGUUCAAAACUGGGAAACACUAAAGAUGAUGAUGUUUUAGAUUUCAUCAAUUCAUUACCUGAUUCAAAACCAUCCACACCAAAACCAACCAAUAAUCAAAAAGCUACUAAUUCAAGUGGUGAUAAUAAAGAAGAUUUAUUUGAAUUUUUGGAUGAAUUGGAAGAACAUGAAAAGAAAAAGAAGCAAAAUAAAGUAUUGGCACCUAAAGUUACUACUAAUCAACAACAACAACCUAAGAAAAAUGAUAGUUCAAAUGAAGAAGAACCUACUACUGGUACAACUACUGAUAAAUCAGAUACUACCAAUGAAGAUAUAAUUGAUCAACAAAAAGAAGCAGAACAGGAACAAGAGGAAGAAGAAUUGCCAAAUCCAAUUAGUUCAAUUACAUCAUGGUGGAAUCUGGAAGGAUCUACUAAAGUUAACUCUUUAUGGAAAAAUAUUACCACCAAUGCAGAAAAGAUUUCAGAACAAACAUAUAAAUUAGCUAAUGAAACAACCAAUCAAUUGAAUACUAAAAGUAAGAAUAUUAAUUCAGAAGAAAUCACCAAUACAUUAAAUAAUUUAUUUUUAAAUAUUUCUAAUCAAAUUAAACAAGGAUUAAUUGAAGAAAAUGAUGAAGUUUUAAAUAUUUUAAUUGUUUGUGAUUUAUUUAAUUUGAAAUAUUUGAAAUUUUUAGUUUAUAAUAAUUUCUCAUUAGUUAUGAGACAAGUUGAAGGUAGUAUUAGAACAAGUGUUAAUGAAUUAUCAAACCAUCACGAUGAUGAAAAGAAAGGUGAAGAAGAUAAAGUUCAAUUGAAUAUGUUUUAUGGAAAAUUAAUUGAUGGUGAAAAAUUAUGUUUAGCUAAUUUAGAGAAUGGAAUUAAAGAUUAUAAAAAAUUAGAAACCAAACAUGAAGAAGAACAACCUAAGGAAGAUAAGGAACAACAAGAAGAAGACAAAGAAGAAGAAAUUACUCAAUCAAAUAUAUUUAUUUCAAUUCAACCAGUUAGUACUAAAAUUGAUCAGGGUAAAGAACAAGAUAAGGAAGAUAAUAGAAUUGUCAUUGAAAGUAAUAAUGAAGAAUCAUUUUCGUUUAUUAUUAUAUUGAAAGACAUUAGUAAUGAUAUUACAAUAAUUACCAAGAGUCAACCAAUGCCAUUGAGAUGGGCUCAAUGGUUAGAUGGUGAAAAAUUGAAAUCAUUAGAAGCUUCUGACGAAGAAGAAUCGGUUGAUCCUAAAGAAUGGGUCAAGGAUUGGAUUAAACAAAGUUUGAAUUUAAGUAUUGGUGUAUUAGCACAAGAAUAUGUAAUUAAAAGAAUGGGAGUUUAA